AUGCUGAUUCAUCAUCAGAAAUCUUCCUGGUACAUUGGUGUUGGUGAUGCAGAAGAAGAUCAAAUGUUCUAUUACUUCAUCAAAUCUGAGAGUAACCCAAAAGAAGAUCCUCUUCUUGUUUGGUUAACCGGAGGACCUGGCUGCUCUUCUUUCUCUGGCCUUGUUUAUGAGAAUGGUCCUCUUGCUUUUAAGGUUGAGGCAUAUAAUGGAAGUGUACCUUCUUUGGUCUCUACUACAUAUUCAUGGACUAAGGUGGCGAAUAUAAUCUAUUUGGAUCAGCCUGUUGGGACUGGCUUCUCUUACUCAAGAAACCCACUUGCUGAUAUACUAAGUGACACAGGAUCAGCUAAGCGAGUCGAUGAGUUUCUUCGUAAGUUGCUGGACAAGCAUCCUGAAUAUUUCUCCAAUCCUUUUUAUGUCACCGGAAACUCUUAUUCCGGUAAGGUGAUACCGGCCAUCGUUCAAGAAAUCUCGAAUGGAAAUUAUAUAUGUUGCAAACCUCAAAUAAAUCUUCAGGGCUAUGUGCUCGGAAACCCGGUAACAGACUUAUCUGUUGAUUAUAACACUCGCAUUCCAUUUGCUCAUGGAAUGGCACUCAUCUCUGAUGAACUCUAUGAGUCAAUGAAGAGAAGUUGUGGUGGAAAUUAUUUUGAUGUGGAUCCUCUUAACACAGAAUGCUUGAAACUUGUUAAGGAUUCAACAAGAAUAUAUGAAGAACUUAUUCUAGCAUCAAACUGUGAUAAUACAUCUCCUGAUUGCUAUACUUAUCGGUAUUCGCUAUCUGAAUAUUGGGCUAAUAACAAGAGCGUACGCAGAGCACUUAAAGUAGUGAAGGGAACUACAGGGAGAUGGGAUAGAUGUAAUUUUAAUGUGCAGUGUAACCAAGACAUUAAAAGUAGCAUACCAUACCAUAUAAAUAACAGCAUCAAAGGUUAUAGAUCUCUCAUCCUCAGUGGCGAUCAUGGUAUGACAAUCCCUUUCAUUGCAACUCAAACUUGGAUAAGGUCUCUAAACUAUUCCAUUAUUGAGAAAUGGAGGCCAUGGAUGGUACUCGAUCGAGUCGCAGGGUACACCAAGACUUAUGCUAAUAAGAUGACUUUUGCUACUGUGAAAGAAGGUGGACACACGUUAGAGUAUAAACCAGAGGAGAGUUCAAUCCUGUUCAAGAGGUGGAUAAGUGGCCAACCUCUUUAA